AUGAAUUCUCUGUUGCCUUGCAUACGGCAGAGGAAACGAGAAUAUUACCCUCACUUGGAGAACGAGACAAACGGCACCGAGAGGCUCAUUGACGUUGAGGGUGCUUUCAAUGUGCGAGACUUUGGGGGAAUCAGCCUCUCUCCAACUACGGCUACACGGCACGGUGUCAUCUUUCGGUCUGGACACCUUGAGUUUCUGACCGACACCGGCGAGACGAAGCUCUCGAAGCUGGGCACUACGGCCAUUAUUGACCUACGCACUUCCUCGGAAGCGAAGCUGAUUCAGAAGUGGGCUUAUGCCAACGGCUUGUCCACAGCAAAUAAACAUCAGUUGCCACCGGCGUUGCCUUUUCCACUCAGUGAGGCAUUUCAUCUAGAUGAUCGAUUCCUCAAAUACAAAUCCGAGGAUGCUAUGCGCUCCCAGUCCGUUGCCAGAAGAUACUUUGACACUGUCUGCUCGGAGAAUGGGCGUGCCAAAAUGCGAGAGUUGCUUGUGUUUAUGCAUGAGCAUUCUUCAGAGGCGUUCAUUUUGCACUGUUCUCUGGGCAAGGACCGUACGGGUGUGGUCGUUGCGUUGCUUCUUGCUCUGCUUGGCGCGUCCGACGACCAAAUUGCGGAUGAUUUUGCGCUCAGCGGCCCGGGGCUUGAACCAAUGUUUGCGCAGACCAUGAAGUUUAUCGGGGAGUAUUACCCCAACUACACCGAAUCCGAGCUCAGAGAGGCGGUGGUGCAGAUGCUUACGCCGAACCGGCAGGCCAUGUUGAUACUACUUCAGAUGAUGCGUGAAGAAUUCGGCGGGCCCAUGGAGUUCUUUCGCGAUGAAUGCAAUGUCGAUAGUAGCGUGCUGCUAUCGUUGAAAGAAUUGUUGACAGAGCCGCGCGACUGGGACUCUGGCAGAGGGUUGUGCUAUGCGAGCGCGCGAAUUAAAAGAAUACUGAUGAGCCUGUCGCCCCGCGGAUAG